AUGAAUCCCCUCAAGUGUGCUUUUGGAGUCUCUUCUGGCAAAUUUUUGGGGUACGUUGUCCGUCAUCGAGGUAUCGAGAUCGACCCCAAUAAAAUCAAAGCAAUUAUGGAGAUGCCGCCUCCAAAGAACGUUCAACAACUUUGCUUAUUACAAGGGCAACUGGCUUUCAUCCGGAGAUUCAUAUCAAAUCUUUCGGACAUGUGCCAACCAUUCUCGAAGUUUAUGAAGAAAGAAGUCCGCUUUAAAUGGGAUGAAGAGUGUCAGGAAGCAUUUGAUAGUAUCAAGAAAUAUUUAUUGAAUCCUCUGAUUCUAGUAGCGCCAAUUCCGGGGAAGCCUCUUAUACUGUAUACGGCAGCGCUAGAAGAGUCCCUCGGAGCAUUAUUGGCCUAG